UUGAUUGAUUGCUUGCUUGAUUCUGCCCGACUGAAAUUCAUUUUCCAACACAGCUGACAGCAGAUCCGAGACAAUGAAGUGGGCCUUUGUCGUGUGUGCCAUGGUGGCACUGUCUGAGUGCCUCGUCCAGGUCCCUCUGGAGAAGGGUAAGACAGCCAGGGAGUACCUGGAGGAGCAGGGUCUAUGGGAAGAGUUCAGGCUCAGGUACCCAUUCAACCCCAUGGCCAAGUAUGACCAUCGCUUUGCAGUGGGCAACGAGGGCAUGACCAACGAUGCUGAUCUGUCUUACUAUGGAGUCAUCUCCAUUGGAACCCCUCCUCAGUCCUUCAGGGUCAUCUUUGACAGCGGCUCAUCUAACCUGUGGGUGCCCUCCAUCUACUGCAGCAGUGCAGCCUGCAGCAACCAUAAAAGGUUUAACCCUACCACCAGCAGUACCUACAGAAACAAUGGCAAUCCUCUCAGAAUCCAGUAUGGCACCGGCAGCAUGACUGGCUUCCUUGGAUACGACACUGUGACAGUCGGUGGACUUGCUGUGACCAACCAGAUCUUUGGCUUGAGCCAGACUGAGGCUCCCUUCAUGCAGUACAUGCGUGCUGAUGGUAUCUUGGGCCUGGCAUACCCAAGCCUGUCCGCUUCCGGCGCUACACCCGUCUUCGACAACAUGAUGACUGAGGGCCUGGUCAAUGAGGACAUCUUCUCUGUGUACCUGAGCUCAAACUCUCAGCAAGGCAGUGUGGUGACCUUCGGUGGUGUUGACCCCAACCACUAUUAUGGCCCCAUCACCUGGAUUCCCCUCUCCAGAGACCUGUACUGGCAGAUCACAGUAGACAGUGUUACUGUCAAUGGUCAAGUUGUGGCUUGCAAUGGUGGUUGUCAGGCUAUCGUGGACACAGGCACUUCUCUGAUUGUUGGACCUCAGAGCAGCAUAAGCAACAUCAACAGUGCUUUGGGAGCUACCAGCCAGAACGGAGAUUAUGUUGUCAACUGUAACAGCGUUGGCCAAAUGCCUGAUUUGACCUUCCACAUCCACGGACAGGAAUUCACCCUCCCAGCCUCUGCCUACGUCCGUCAGUCUCAAUACUACGGCUGCCGUACUGGCCUUGGCAACGGAGGUGACAACCUGUGGAUCCUGGGUGAUGUCUUCAUCAGACAGUACUAUUCCAUCUUCAACAGAGCCCAGAAUAUGGUGGGUCUGGCCAAGGCUAGAUAAUCAACCUGAAGUCACCUCUCCCAAGAGCCAUGCCACAAUCAUAUGUACAUCUUAGUGUGAUAGUAAGAUUUACAACAUGCAUGGUUUUUUCAGUGCUACUGUAAUGAUGUGUAAUCCCUGAGACUCAA